CACACACACACAGUCCGACCAUCUAUCUCAUCUGACGACACCGCACUCAGUCCAUCCCAUUCAGUAAAUAAGUCACUCACUAAUCAAUUAUCACUCCCCCGGGCAGUCGACGCAGAUAUCUGAGACCAGGUCCGCCAGCAGUGAGGCCAGAUAACCGUCCUUCUCCACACACCAGCACCCACACGCACCCCUGACACGUCAGAAGCGACACACAGCCACACAGAUACAUACUCACACCACACCAAUGAACGAACGCCAUUUCCUCCUCUGCCUCUCUCGGUGUCGCUCAGCUCACCUGUGGCUCGGUGCAUUGCUCGCCAGGCGGUCAUCAAGCCGACGUCGGCUCAGCACCUCAUUGCCAAGGUCCACCCCAGCGUUGCGCAGCGCCCGGACUCUCCCCUCCUCACUGCUUGCCACCAGCUCCUCACACGACGCUGCACCAGCAGCAGCAGCAGCAUUGCCGUUGUCUCCCUGCAGAUGUGCCGCCAGGGUCUGUUGGUCCAGCCGGCUCAUGAGCUCCAGACAGGCCACGCCACACUCGUGCCGCUGCACCCACGGAAGCAGGUCCUGUGUGUGGGGCCUGAGUGCGGCCGUGAUGAUGGACGAGACAAGGGGGGAUUGCUCCAUCAGGGAGAGCAGGGUCCUCGCGACGACAUCGAGGGUCUCGGCCCGCACAUCCAGCAACGGGGGGCGGCUGGACAAUGGUGCUGGUGGUGGCCUCCGUCUGAGUGGGUGUGCUGGCUGUGUGAAGCACCGGGCCAGAUCAUCUGCCAGCUCCCGAACCGCUGCCUCAUCCAGGCACUGGGCGAGUGCCAUCGGAAGCGACUGCCAGAAGCGGCAGCACGCCACACAGGGGCUGCUCGCGCCGGCCUCCAUCUCGCUGACGGGACAGAAGAGCGCCUUGGUCGCUCCCCGCAGGUCAUUGCCACACUCCUGCAUCACCACGUGGGGGUAGUGAGAGGCAAUCACUGCCACCGUCCGCCACGCCAUGGUGCAUCUGUCGCCCUCCGCACGGGUGACGCUGGCGUGGUCGUCGGUGUGAAGGUUGCUGGCGAGUGUGCGCACAAAGGCUGCGAGGGAGGGGGGCGGUGGGGUGUUGGUGCCGGGGGGGAGCAGGGCCAUCAGCCUCGUGGUGAGGGUGAGCACGGAGCUGCCAUGGUCGCUCAGAAGCUCCUUCACGCACCACGUCUCAGCCAUGUCCGCCAGCAGCGCGUCGAGACUCUCGACCUUGAUAAGCACCCCAGUGUCUGUGUCCGCCGCAGCCCCCAGCACCGCCAAAAGGCCGGCCAGCCAGUCGCUCAGCGACAACUCACCGUCGUCUCCACCACCCUCCUCCAGCUCCAGAAUGCUGAUGCUGCUGCCUGAGCCGCAGGGCCGGCAGGGGUCACGUCCAUCAUCCCAGCAAGCGCCGAUCUGCCUUCGGAUGAAGUCGACGAGAGGGCCGCAUGUCGGUGGCGAUAGAAGGGGGAGGCAGUGGACGGCCAGCCGCAGGGAGAGGAAGGACAUGGGCGCUGUGAGAGCGUCGCUAUCUUGCUGCUGCAUGGCGAUCUCGUGCAGGGUGUGUCGGAGGUGCUGGUGCAGGGGGAAGGCCGAUGAAGGCCCUGGUGGGUCGCUGCACACGGUGUGGGUCAGCUCUACCAGCGCGUCCACACCCUGAACAACACGCACCAAAACACAUACAUACAUCGCUUCAGCCAGGCAGCCAGGCAGCCAUGAUCCAUGAUGCUUCUGUCUGUCUGUCUGUGCGUUCACUUCACCUGUUGCGUCCGUUGGCUCCACCACUGCUGCAGCACCAGCGGCACACGCAGUUCAUCCACCUGCACACCGACACACACACGGAUGCUGCCUGUCUGCUAUCCGUGUGUUUGCUUGAGUAGAAUAUAAACACACCAAGCUGACAGCGUAGCUAUGCUGUGUCUUGGCCCACUCGUCCACAUCCACGGUGCCGCCCACACGUGCCUCGAGAGCCAGGGCAGAACAUAUCAGGGCCAGAGUGCCCUCCAUGCCCAUGCCACACUCAUGAUCCUUCAGACGCAGCGGCAGCGGUGUCUGAGAGGCCGCCAGCAGGCCAGUCAACAUUCGAGCGGCGUCCCAACGCACCUUGUGAGGCGUUCUGCAGGCACACAGCACAGGAGGGCACACAGACAGACAUUUGAUGGAUGGAUGGAUGGUUUGGGGUGUAGAGAGGCGGCAUGGAUGGAUGGGUACCUUUGGGCAUUCAGCAAUGAAACAAGCCCAUUUAUCCACUGAUCUCUGCGCGAGGGUGAUUCCCGCAUGGCGGCCAUGAUGAUCUUGCGGCCAGUCGUGUGCCGAAGAAGGCCGUCGAGGAGGGGCAGGUACGCCGGCAUACUCUCAAACUCCUGCACACACACACACACACACUUGACUGAUGCAUCUGCCGCGUAUCGUAUCUGUGCUUAUCCUUCUGCAGAUCUCACCUGCCUUUCCAUGACGUCUGGACGGGACACACAGUCCACCAUAGCAGUCAGAUCUCCGUCAGCAGCCCCACCGCCUUUGUUCGUCUCACACACAGCCGCCACCAGAGCUCCCAUCAUCACGGCCGCGAAGCUCACGACGAGUGCAGGAGUCGAGGAGGGCUCCAGCACCCAUCUCGACAAAAUCAUCCACAGCGACUUGAGCUGUGUAUGGUGCAGCGCAUGUCGGUGUGAGUCGAUGUACUCGGCCAGCCACUGUGGGAGGGCCUCGCCUGACUCGCUCUGCAGCAGCCGGGCCGCCCUGCCCUUGGAACCGUCCAGCUGCCUCAGGAAUGCGCCAAGGACCUGCAGACAUGACAUGUACGUGUCUGUGUGAAGCACAUUGGCAUCCACAGAGAGAUUUGCGGACGGAUCUACCUACCCACCUGGAGGUUGACAUCUUGCAGCGUUUUGGCUUUCUUGACGCAUGUGCUCCGCUCCCGCAUCUUCUCAAACACACGACGUCCCAUUUUCCCCUGGGAUUCCUCGCCCUUUUUGAGCUG